CACUCCCACCCCCACCUCGCCCACCGAAAAAACCCAACCUCGCGGCCGAAAAAAAUAUCCGCACCUCGCUCGCCUUGCCGUCUCCUCUCCUGCGCCACUCCCAAAGCCGAGCCAGAGAGCCCUCAUCUCCUUCCCCCCUCGCCUUUUCCCCCUUCCCCGGAGCGCCGCGCCGCGCCCCAUGAGCAGGCGCCGCUGAUGGGCCGGCCGUCCCAGGACACCGCGACGUCCACCUCGCCGUCCGGCUCGUGCCGCUCGUCCAAGCGCGGCGGCCCGCGGCUGGACCGCCGCAACGCGUCCAAGAACAUCGGCUACGAGUACGACCCCGCCAAGCUCUUCUGCAGCUACCCGCCGUCCCCGCCCCGGGCCUCCUCGGCCUCCGCCUCCGGCUCCGCCGCGCCCUCGCUCGCCAGCUCCUCCGCCUGCUCCGUCGACCUCAGCAGCUUCCGCAUCGGCGGCAGCGGCGACGGCGGCGGCGACGUCCAGCUCCUCUGCCGCAACCUCGGCCUCUCCGGCCCCGAGGACUUCGCCAUCUCCCUCACCGACUGGGAGGCGCACAAGGCCUUCCGCUCCUCCGCCUCCUCCUCCGCCUCCAGCUCCCCUUCCGCGCGCUCGCAGCCCGACCGCCCCGUGCGGGAGUCCCCACUCCGCCACGAGGCCGCCGAGGAGCCGGCCUUGCCCGAGGCCGCUGAUUUCGAGCUCCCGGCCAAGGAAACUGCCAGGGACGUGCCGGUUGAGGCGCCAGUGCGGCCGGCAUGGUUGGAUCCACCGGAGCCAGCCCGUCCGGAUGUGAAGAAACCAGGCUGCGAGGGAGGGAUUAAGGGUGUGCGCCCUCCGCCGGUGAUGCUCAAGCCACCGCCGUCGAUGGCGCUGCCGCCCGCCGCCCAGGUUGGUUCCACGUGGGAUCUCCUGCUGUCUUUCGCGCCAGAGGAGCAAGGGCAACCACAGGCAAUCAGAUCUGUCCCUGAUUUUGGAGACCCGGAUGCCGAGGACGACGAGGAUGCGGCGGAAGUGUUGACGUUGGAAGAUCUCAGGCUGGGGGAGAGCUCCGAGGAAUUCACAGGCACAUCCUCGAUAUCGACCACAAACGACGAUGAGACAACCGAGUCUAUGUUCUACAUCUCGCCCAACGGGAGGUUUAAGAAGAAGAUCCGGUCGUGGAGUCGAGGUGUGCUCUUGGGGAGUGGCUCCUUUGGGACCGUCUAUGAGGGGAUCAGCGACGAGGGUGUCUUUUUUGCUGUCAAAGAAGUGUCCUUACAUGAUCAAGGAAGCAACGCACAGCAGUGUAUUUUCCAACUUGAGCAGGAAAUUGCACUCUUGAGUCAGUUUGAACAUGAGAAUAUAGUACACUACUUCGGAACUGACAAAGAGGACUCGAAACUUUACAUCUUCCUUGAACUAGUGACCCAAGGAUCUCUUGUAUCUUUGUAUCAGAAGUACCGCCUACGAGAUACUCAUGUUUCGGCAUACACAAGACAAAUACUUAAUGGAUUGAAUUACCUCCAUGAGAGGAAUAUUGUUCAUAGAGAUAUUAAAUGUGCCAACAUACUGGUGCAUGCGAAUGGAUCCGUGAAGCUUGCGGACUUUGGGCUUGCUAAGCAGACCUCCAAACUCAAUGUGCUAAAAUCAUGCAAAGGAACUGUAUAUUGGAUGGCACCUGAGGUCGUCAAUCCCAAGAAGACAUAUGGACCUGCAGCUGAUAUAUGGAGUUUGGGUUGCACGGUCUUAGAGAUGUUGACACGUCAACUUCCCUAUCCUGAUCUGGAGUGGACACAAGCCCUUUACAGGAUUGGCAAGGGGGAGCCACCAGCAAUUCCUAGUGGCCUUUCGAAGGAAGCUCGUGAUUUCAUUAGCCAGUGUGUAAAACCGAAUCCAGAAGACAGACCAUCCGCAGCCAAACUUUUGGACCAUCCUUUUGUGAAUAGAUCUAUGCGAUCUAUACGGUCGAUGAGGACAUAUACACGCCCAAAUUCUUCUACACGUGGCACGAGCGGAUAGAGCUGUGGACAACUCCAGCAUAUCGGCAGAAUUAUAUUAGUCCUCGCUAAUCAUGUGGAGCUGGCUGGAAAAAAGGACGAUCCUUGUAAACAAAGUUGUCAACCAGCAUCUCUUGUGUUUUGUUAGUUGAUUCUUUUCUUUACCGAAUUCUGGUGAUCCGGCUAAUAUUAUCCUGCCCGGGGAGUAGAGUAAAUGUGCAUCUGAGCCUAGUGUAAAGUAGGAGAGGACACGAUGUAAAUACGCAUGGUGACUUACUGCCUUGAUGUCAAUGUCAUGGUGCUGAAUGAGAGAGAUUCCACUGGUUGUUCCAA